AUGGAUGAAGUGGACAUUUCCUCCUUCAAUGAAGGCAUCAACAACCAACUCGUCCACUUCCACUCAGAACAAUCGAACUUUCAGCAACGGUUGGACCAGUUUUCGAAGCAGGUUGAUGAGUUUCUUCUUAUGAAAGAAUGUCAGUCAAAUGAUGAUGACCAUGAACAACUUCAAACUCUUUCCAAUGUAGCUGAGGGUUUGUCCGAAAAAUUGUUGAUUCUGUUUGGAAUGCUGGACAAUCUGUUGAAAGAUGUGUGGCAGGAGAGGGAACAGUUUCUGGAAGAUGUGAAGGCAGAUGCUGUGGGACUGAGGGGGAUGAGAAAAGGAUUGUUCGAUGCCCUAGAAAGCAUGUUUGAUAAAAGUGGAAAGUUCUUGAUGGGCUUCAUCGAUCAUGCUGAACAAUUUCAACGCUCAUCUUUGAAACUGAAGCAGCAGCAACAACUUCACACAAACGUCAUGUUACCACCAUCGUCAACAUCAUCAUCUCUGGAAAGUAACAUUAUCCCAGAGUUAAUGAAUAAACUGAAGGAGGGUUACUACCCAAAGUUCAUUGCGAGAGCCCUGGUAAUUGAGCCAAUGUCCUUGAAAGACCGCAUUUUGAAGGUCAGCGGUGGAAAGUCAGUCAGUUUCAACACAUCGCUGAGAUUUUUGGGAGGUGCAUCAUUGGGUCUUGAUCUGGCGAAUUCUAAUUGCUUCGUGAUUGGUCGCUCAUCAAAUUCUUGCUCCGCCCAUUUCAACAACAUUCACCUGGUGAACGUGAGGCGACCAAAAAUUUUGAAAGCUGACGUUCUGGUCACCGAUCAAAAAUUUGGGCUGGUUUUCUACGCCAGAGUGGUCAGCAUUUCAGGAAGAAUCUUUGAAAAUAUAAUUGUGUCACUGCCGAUAAUCCUCAUCAGUCAGACGUCUCAGGAGAUGAUGGCCCGUGGUACGCUCACCUGGAAUGCUGCCUUCUCAAUUAAUAACAGGCAACAAUAUGAAUACCGUGAGCAAGUUCGUUGGAAGGAAGUGGCAGACAUCAUCAGCAAAAUUUGCAAUUUAUCAACUGGCGUCAAAUUAAAGACAAAACAACAGCAUAGACUGGCGCAGAUCAUUUUCAUGGUCUUGAUUUUUAUAAAGUUUUAUUGCGGUGACAGGUGCGGUUUCUUUUUUGCAUGUUGUUCCAGUCUAAUAUUUGUUCCUUUUGUUCCUCUGGUUGCAUGGCUUAAGUUAUUGCAGACUGUGAAUCUGGAUAUAGUAACUGCAAUGCAGGCGGUAAAGGAUGUAACUCAAGUAUUUCUUAACUGUAGAGAAAAUGGAGAUGAAGAAUUCAAAACUAUAUAUACUCAAGCCAAAAAACUGUGUGAUGAAUUAAAUGUAGAAAUGGUUAUUCCAAGAACCAGAAAAUUUAGUAAAAAUGGAUGUAAUGUGAUUUUUCAGGAUCCGGAAAAUUAUUUUCGAAUAUCCAUUUUCAAUUUUUUCUUGGACGAUUUAGUGGCUUCACUGAAAGAUAGAUUUCUUCAACACGACACUUUGAUUACUUCUUUACAUUUUAUUUUACCUGAAAAGUGUGAUGUGCUCUAUAAUUAUGAAGAAUGUCUCAAUGAAUGA